CAUAGGCCAAGAAUAUGUUUUUAGUUUAGGCCUCAGUCAAAGUGAAAAUUUGGUUGGCUCAGCCCUGCACAUGCCUGGCUGAGCUGGUGCUGUCACAUCACAGCAACCACAUGGCAAUUACACGCAAGCUCAUCGUCCACACUGACGAACGCACUGCACGCAUACUGCUGGAGCAGUUUGAGCAAGUCAACAACUGUUACACGUCGAUCUACACACGCAUGACCAUGCUUGUAGGGCUAUUCAUGCGCAUUCAUAUGCAUAUUCAUGCAGCGCACUCAUCACUCUCGUGACGUCCCAUGUCUACUUAAUGUACUACCAACGAUUCCCUAAUUCAUCCCGAACAAGUUCAGCCAGUGGCACGGUUUCAUACAUAAAUAGCAUUCAAAAUUUCGCAAAUUUACCUUGCCACCAGGGAAUCAGCAAGGUGUAGGUCCUCAGUUUCGCAUCAAAGAAAUCGAAGUUUAUGUCAAAGGAAUCCGCUAAAUCAUACGAUUUUGGUACCCUUGGAAAGCUCAUUGCAAGUUCUGUCGAAAUGAGAUGAUCGUUGUGUCCUCAUGUGGCCACUUCGUGUAGGAUGUUUUUCGCUGUGGGCCUUGCCUUACCCCUUACCCUAGUCAUGCUUAUGGUUGUGCCUGAAACAGGCUUCCAGAGCUAAGGCAAGGUCUGUUGUCUGCACGUCUCCAUGUAUUUGCAGUGGAGUGAAGACCUAGGCUCGAAUGCAGCCUAUGUUUAUUGGAUUCAGGUAUGGAUUGAUCACCCACCAACCCAAGAAGGCACCCGUCCUCUUGCCGAAACUGGCAGCCUUCGGAGACUCCAGUGAUGAAGAGGAAUCUGCUCACUCAGCCGUCAACCAGUCCCUGCAGUUUGAAGCGCAGAAACAGAAAGUUAAAAAACAGACUCAGCUUGAGAUCCAGCGAGCUCUGGAAGAGGACCCAACCGUCUACGAGUAUGACAGCAUUUAUGACUCAAUGGAGCAACAGAAACUACAGAAAGCCAAAGCCUUGAAAGCCACAAAGGACAAUAAGGCAAAGUUACUGGCAGGAUCUAACAGAGCCUCCUGGCAUCUUGACAAAAUCGAAUUUCUCAUGAAGAUCCUGCUCAUCUCCCACGACAAGUACAUGGAGGCCAAAUCGAAUUCCAGGGUGGGCACAUUCUACGCUGAGAUGGGUGGCAUGAUCGGGCACUCUGGCAUCAAGGUGGAGAACCUCCUGAAGAACCUGGGCCGGGAGUACCGAGACAUGGUGUGGCAGACUGAAGAGAACGAAGCCCAGGGCUUGCCUGUGCCACCUCGGCUGCGAGGCUCCCAGAAGCUCUUCAGUCUGUUUGAGGAGUUUGCCCAGAUGUACGGCAUCAUGAAGGAGAGGAGGCACCGGCCAUCCCAGCCUUCCCAGGGUGCUGCUGAUGUGGCCAACAGACUGAACACGGUGGGCAUCGACCCAGACAUCCAGGGUGAGGUUACAGAACAUGUUGGGUCAAUUCAACACACUCCUUUGGAAGAGACCAUGUCUGGCUCUACCACGAACUCACCGUAUCCUGUCAGAGUUCAAAGAGAAGACUUUGCCGAGGAGCAACUGCCGUUGCAAAACAAUGAUGCAGUGUGCAUUAACAGUGCUUCGCCUCCAGCCACCUCCUCAACCACGGCGGACAGCCACCCAUUCCAGGCAUCAAGACGAAAGAAAAGAAAGCUGCAGUCGGAUCGUCUGCCGAUCUAUCCUGGCUUCAUGAGGCAGCAGGGAAGACAGAGAACUUUCUCCAAGUAUUCAUCAGGGUGGACGUCAGCCAGGAACAGAGGCAAACAAAAGUCACGGGAGGGCAAAGGAGAAAGCCCCACCUGUCAAAGCGGCAAGAGAGCCUGUUCAUGCCAGGGAAAGACAUCUAGGUUUGAGGAGCAGCUUCUGAAUGUGCUCUCAGGUAUUGGACAAGAGCUCCAGUUGCUUAGACGAGGCUUUUUCACAGUGUACAACAUCGGGGAAGAGCAGAACCAGAAUGAGGACGAGAUUGAGCAUAGCAGUGGGGAGGAUUUAGGAAGUAUCACCGACGAUAAUGAAGAGAGAUGCAACAACGCCUUGCCCAGUGUCGUAUUUCCUGGAAACGAAUAAACUUUUAGUCUAUGAGAGUUGACCCUUUGCGUCUUCAUCGGUGACAAUUGGCUUUUAGACCAUCAGGAUUAUAGCAUUGACUUUUAGUUCUGAGUUGAAAUAAAGAUUCAAGAUGCGUGUAUGUACUUAAGUAAUAUACAAAGUGCAUAAUGGUAUAGCCCAAAAUGCUAUGAUUUGGGUACUUUGUCAAGAAGAGUGAAUUUUUGGCGAAUGAUAUGAAAAGGAAGAUAGAAAAUGGCACAAUACUCCAACCAAAAGCAUAACUGAUAUCAGCUGGAAGUAAAAUUGUGAUAUGGCAUCGGGAAAUUUGGCUAUUGCAUGAUAACAAAAGAAUAACUCGUAAGAUUCAAGCUGGACACCCCGACUGCCGUGGGGGUAGAUGGAUUUGAUAGGAUUUGGCAACAUUGUCAGUAAAGUCUGUGCCUUCACUGCUUGGGAGGGUUUGUCCGAUCACUCAAACUGAGCAAGACCUGUUGUAUUGUCAAUGUUACACGUACCGUAGAUGUAAUCUCUCUGUUGUAAUCACUUUUGCAUGGUAAGUUGGUCCGGUUGCGGUGUUAAGAUGACCCACUGGGAGUGUUCGUCAUGAACCAUGCUGCUGAACAUGACAAUUCACAUUGGUCUAUUCAUAAUCGGCAUUUGAAAUUCACUUUACCUGAGGAUUCCUGGAGUUCUACUGUCCAGUCUGAUCAUCAUGACAUUGAAAUAGAGGAAUGUCUGCAACUCAGAAGACAAUAUUUUCUUUAGGGUGAACCUUACCAAUGUUCUGCUGUAACUUUGUCUUCUUUUACUGCAAGGAUAGCUUGUGCAAAGCCUAACUUUAUUCUACAUGUACAUGGAAACUUGUUCAAGAGCUUAUCAUAUUUAUUAUCUUGCAAUAUUUGGGCCAUUGUGCGGUCUGCCAUUGACUCUGUUGUGGUCGGUCAUCUCUUGAUUUUGUCAUUCUUUAACUUAAAACCUCUGGACUUGUUUUAGAAGUGAAAAUUUCCACAAACUGUCACAAAAGGUUACCUCUCACUGCUUGUGUUUCAGUCACAUUUAUCCAGUACAGUAACUCAUGCCUAAAUUAUGAACAUUUAAUUGAUGGAAUAAAAAAGAAGAAGUUAAGAACCUGUUC